UUUCAAUGAAGCACAUAGACCCAGCACAAGAGCCAAAGCUCGCUCCCCCAAAUCACAAUGGGCAGACGGAGGUGGAGGACCUGUCGGCAGAGGAGGUUAAACAAACAGCAGGGAAACAAACCCAGAGCUUUGACAUGAUCUACACCAUAGAGGAUGUCCCCCCGUGGUACCUGUGUGUGUUACUGGGCCUACAGCACUACCUGACAUGCUUCAGUGGGACUAUCGCAGUCCCAUUCCUAUUGGCUGAUGCUAUGUGUGUGGGUCAGGAUCAACAAACUGUCAGCCUGCUCGUGGGAACCAUCUUUACUUGCGUUGGAAUCACCACAUUAAUACAGACAACCUUUGGAGUGCGGUUACCUCUCUUCCAAGCCAGUGCAUUUGCCUUCCUCGUCCCUGCCCAAGCCAUUCUAGGGCUAGAAAGAUGGAAGUGUCCUCCUGAAGAGGAGAUUUAUGGGAACUGGAGUGUCCCUCUGAAUACCUCCCAUAUCUGGCACCCCAGGAUAAGAGAGAUCCAAGGGGCCAUCAUUGUCUCCAGCCUGGUGGAGGUAGUCAUUGGGCUGGUGGGACUUCCAGGUAUCCUGCUGAAUUCCAUUGGGCCACUGACUGUGACCCCUACUGUGUCCCUCAUUGGCCUCUCUGUCUUCCAGACCGCUGGAGACCGUGCUGGCAGCCACUGGGGUCUCUCUAUGCUGUGUAUCUUCCUCAUUGUGUUGUUUGCUCAGUAUCUGAGGAACUGGUCCCUUCCCUUUCCCGUCUAUUCCAGAGAAAAAGGCUGGCACACCACUGGAGUUCAGAUCUUCAAGAUGUUUCCGAUAAUAAUGGCGAUCAUGCUUGGCUGGUUGGUCUGUUACAUCCUUACACUGACUGAUGUACUGCCAAAUGACCCGGGGCAUUAUGGAUUCAAAGCUCGCACCGAUGCUCGAGGAGAAAUCAUGAGUCAAGCACCUUGGUUCCGUUUCCCUUAUCCCUGUCAGUGGGGGUUGCCCACCGUGACGAUAGCUGGUGUGUUGGGUAUGUUCAGUGCCACAUUGGCUGGUAUUGUAGAGUCCAUUGGAGAUUACUAUGCCUGUGCCAGACUUUCUGGAGCACCCCCUCCUCCAAUUCAUGCUAUCAACAGAGGCAUCCUCACAGAAGGACUGUGCUGUAUCAUAGCUGGACUGCUGGGUACAGGAAAUGGCUCUACUUCUUCAAGUCCUAACAUUGGGGUAUUGGGCAUUACUAAGGUAGGCAGCAGGAGAGUGGUGCAGUAUGGAGCAGGAAUCAUGUUCCUUUUGGGGACCUUUGGGAAAUUCACUGCUCUGUUUGCCUCUCUGCCUGACCCCAUUUUAGGAGGCAUGUUUUGCACUGUAUUUGGUAUGAUCACAGCUGUGGGUUUGUCUAACCUGCAGAGUGUGGACCUGAACUCAUCAAGGAACCUCUUUGUGUUGGGCUUUUCCAUGUUUGCAGGGCUCAUGCUGCCUAAUUUCCUGGACACACACCCAGGAGCCAUUCAGACAGGUGUGCCAGAGCUGGACCAAAUCCUAACAGUGCUCCUGACCACGGAGAUGUUUGUUGGAGGCUUCCUGGCAUUUGCUCUAGACAACACCAUUCCAGGCACGAAGAAAGAGAGAGGCCUUUUGGGCUGGACCACAGAUGACAGUACUACUGAUGAUAGUAUGGAGGCUUCUACCUACAAUUUCCCCAUAGGCAUGGGUCUUGUUCGCAGAGUAGACUGCCUGCGCUACCUACCUGUCUGCCCUACUUUCCGGGGCUUUAGAACAUCAAGACGUAGGAGCAGCAGCCGCUGUGAGGAGAAAGAUUUGAGGAAAGUAGGGAGUGUGGACCCAUCACCCCCAGCUAAAACAGUCUGCACAAAAGUGUAGCCACACAAAACAAAUAUUUAAUUUUUUUUUAUUAUCAUGGGAUAGGUCUUAUUUUGUUAAGAGUAGUUUUAUAUGCAGUUGAUCUAAUUUUUUUAUCAUCUACUGUGAUCAUUUAUUGUUUUAAAAAUGAGUAAUGAUCAACAGAAAAGAAGUUAGAUACACAUGAAAAAUCAGUCUUGACACAUGCCACAAAGAGGAUGAAGUUUCAGAAAUGAGUGAGUACCCUGUAUGUGUCAUUUUGAACAGAUAAUAUCCUGAAACCAUCUGAAAAUGUGUUUAUUAUUUCAGCUUUUCUCAGAAUACUGGGGUCUAAGUGUACUGUUGAAAUGACAACAUAGAAAGAUGCAAUACAACUUUUCUCGUUUAUUAUUGUUUUUUGAUUGUGUACAAAAUUCUUAUAUGAUCAGUGCUGGACAACAGUUUUUUGGUAAAUGAUUCAGCAUUAAAAACUGUGAAGAAAUACAGUACAUUGAAAUUUGUAUUACAGUAAUUUACAAAUACACAUUUGUACUCUAAGUAAACAUUACUAUGGAAAAAUGCUAGACGGUAGAAAUGAAUCCAAAGUUGAGAAACCUGCAUUGUUUUGCUUUGAUCAAAAAAUAAAUGUCUAUUAGCUUAUGUUACAUGAGCGUAAAUAUGACACUGGGAAGCAGUCUCUCAAUGAAUAAUUAAAAU